AUGGCCCUCCUUCCCGAGCCCACUGUCUCCGACGACGACGACGCCCCCCAGCGAGUCAAGGACUCCUCCCGACGCAUGUCCUGGAUCCGAUCUCUUCUCCUCUGCACGUACCUCGACGACGAUGUCUACAACCAGAAUUACGCCGGCAACGGCACAGACGACGACCCCUACAUUGUCGAUUACCUGCACAACGGCCGCCAAGACGCCAUGGAUUUUUCCGAGGGGCGAAAAUGGGCCAUUGCCAUUCUCCAGUCCCUGUCCACGUUUGCGGUGACCUUUGCCAGCUCGGUGUACGUCAGCGGCAUCGAAGGCGUCAUGCAGCGCUUUGACGUGUCCGAGGAGGUGGCAACACUGGGCUUGCCGCUCUUCGUGUUGGGAUUCGCCCUGGGACCGCUGAUCGGGGCACCUCUGUCGGAGGUGUACGGGCGCCAGUCCAUCUUUGUGAUUUCGUACACGACGUACACGACGUACACGGCGUUCAGCGUGGCGGCAGCGUGCGCGCCCAACAUCACGGCCUUGCUGGUUCUUCGCUUCUUUGCGAGCGCGUUUGGCUCGUCGUCGAUGGCGAAUGUCGGGGGCGUCAUUGCCGACAUGUUCAGCAAGGCGGAGCGCGGACUGGCGACGGGAUUGUUUGCCACGGCUCCCUUUCUGGGGCCUGCACUUGGUAGGCGGUGGAUGUCCUUGUUCCAUGCCGCCCAUUUUGCCGUUGUUGCCCUUGUACACUUGCUGAUUCUUAUCAAAAUUCUUUUGUUCAGGGCCCGUUGCCGGUGGUUUUCUUGGCGAGACCCAGGGCUGGCGCUAGAUUCUCGGUUUGAUCGCCAUACUGGGCGGUGUGAUCUGGAUUGCCACGAUGCUGGCCAGCCGCGAAACACGCGAUGUCGAGCCAAGGCCCUCUCCCGGAUGACACGAAGCGUAUAUGUGUCAAGGCUCGAUGCGGGACAGCUGCCCAAGACACUCUCGCAGGAGCUCCCGGUCGCUUUCACGCGCCCCUGGAUCCUUCUGUUCCGCGAACCCAUUGUCUUGCUGGCGUCGCUGUACAUCUCUAUCGUCUACGGCACACUGUACAUGUUCUUUGCCGGGUUUCCCAUCGUCUUCCAUGUUGCUCGAGGCUGGAGCCAGGGCACCGCCGGACUUCCAUUUGUCGGCGUCGCCAUUGGCGUCUGUCUUGCCACGCUGGCGACCGGCGUGGACAACAAGCGCUACGUGCGCCUGUGCGCGGCGGCCGAGGCAGAGGGAUGCGCAGUCGAGCCAGAAGCUAGACUGGGUACGGCCAUGGCAGGCUCUAUUGUCUUGCCGAUUGGUCUGUUUCUGUUUGCGUGGACGACGUAUCCGUCGGUGCACUGGAUCGUGCCCAUUAUCGGCGCCAUGUUUUUCUCAUGUGGACUUGUCAUGGUCUUCAUCUCGCUGAUGAGCUAUCUGGUCGACUCUUAUGUCGUCUAUGCUGCUUCUGUGCUGGCGGCCAACUCAGCGCUUCGGUCCUUGUUCGGCACCGCGUUUCCGCUGUUUACCACCCAAAUGUACGAGAACCUCGGGAAUCAAUGGGCGAGCUCCAUUCCUGCGUUCCUGGUGCUUGGGUGCCUGCCUUUCCCGUUUCUGUUCCACAAGUACGGGCCGCAGAUACGCUCCCAGUGCAAGUAUGCUUCCGAAGCAGCUAAGGUGCUAGAGACGAUGCGUCGUCGGCACGUCGUCGUGAUUGGAAAUGAGCCAAAUGGGCCAGCGAAGGAGGCUGAAUAG